AUGACGAUACAUUCAUUUAUAAUAUUCGAUAGACAUUGCAACUGUAUAUACAAAAGAGAAUAUAGUCAUGAAUUAAAUAAUAAUCCACUUUCAGGUCCUAUAAAUAAAAAUAAUGAUUCAAAUAGUUCAAAACUUUUAUUUGGUAUUUUAUAUUCAUUAAAAACAAUAGCAUCAAAACUAAUACCAGAGGAUAAUAUAAAUGAAUUACGAUCAUUUAAUAUAGGUGAUUUUAGAAUACAUUUUUGGGAAUCAUUAAGUAGGUUUAAAUUUAUACUUAUUACUAAUAAAGAAGUGAAUAUUGAUUUACAAUCUAUUUUAUUUCAGUUAUACCUGAAAUAUUUCAUUAAAUAUGUUGUUGAGAAUGGAUUACUGCCUAUUGAAUUUAAGUAUUAUGAAAAAGAUCCCAAGGAGAAUGAAGUAAGUGCAAAGAUAAACAACGGGAAAUUUAUAGAAGAAACUGAUAAAUAUUUACAAACAUUAUCGAUAUUUUAA